AGGUAGCAAUUACAGUGAAAAAUGUGAUGUUUUCAGUUGGGGUAUUAUUCUCUGGGAGGUAAUCACUCGUAGGAAACCUUUUGAUGAGAUUGGUGGUCCAGCUUUCCGCAUAAUGUGGGCAGUUCACAAUGGUACUCGGCCACCACUGAUCAAAAACUUACCUAAACCAAUUGAGAGUUUAAUGACCCGUUGUUGGUCCAAGGAUCCCUCACAACGACCAUCCAUGGAGGAAAUUGUUAAAAUAAUGACACACUUGAUGCGGUACUUUCCAGGAGCUGAUGAACCUCUGCAGUAUCCUUGCCAAUAUUCAGAUGAAGGCCAAAGCAACUCUGCCACUAGUACAGGUUCAUUCAUGGACAUCACAUCUACAAACACAAGUAACAAGAGUGAUGCUAACAUGGAACCAAGUGACUUCCAAGGAGCUUCUACCAAUGACACUAUUAAACGUUUAGAGUCAAAAUUGGCACAGCAAAUGAAAAAUACAGCCAAGCAGCCGGGUGAUCCUGGCCGUUUGAGUUUACCCCCGUCUCGUGGGAGCAGUGUGGAGAGCUUGUCAGAUGUUCGUGCACGACCACAGUCAGCCCUUGUUUCAGGAGAAGCCAAAAGGAUGAGUGCUGACAUGUCUGAAAUAGAAGCAAGAAUAGCUUCCAUCACAGCCUAUUCCAAGCCUAAACGAGGCCAUCGUAAAACUGCUUCAUUUGGCAACAUUCUGGAUGUCCCUGAGAUCAUCAUACCAGCAGGAAACGGACAGCAGAGGCGCAGAUCCAUUCAAGAUCUCAGUGUUGCCGGAACAGAGUCCAGUCAGGAGAGUAGAAAUAGCAGUAGAUCAUCUAGUCCUAGUGUGAGAAUGAUCACUACCUCGGGACCAACCUCUGAAAAGCCAACUCGUAAUCCAUGGACACCUGAUGAUGCAGAGACCAAUGGGUCAGAUAACUCUAUCCCAAUGGCAUACCUUACAUUAGAUCAUCAGUUACAGCCUCUAGCACCAUGCCCAAACUCCAAAGAAUCUAUGGCUGUGUUUGAACAGCACUGCAAAAUGGCACAAGAAUAUAUGAAAGUUCAGACAGAAAUUGCAUUGCUGUUGCAGAGGAAACAAGAACUAAUAGCAGAACUGGACCAGGAUGAAAAAGACCAGCAAAACACGUCCCGUCUGGUACAAGAACAUAAAAAGCUGUUAGAUGAAAACAAAAGUCUCUCAACGUACUAUCAGCAAUGCAAAAAACAGUUAGAGGUCAUCAGAAAUCAGCAACAGAAACGGCCAGGCACAUCAUGAUUUCCUGGGACCUUUCAAAUGAAAAAUAUGCACAGAAAAGACUGAUUUUUAUUUUUUUUUUUAAUUGUUAUUAUUAUCCCUUAUUAUGACAACUCAUGAGUGUUAGCUUCUUGGUGUGAUCUGUAUUUGUCUGCGACACUUAACAUCAUUUAAUUUUCUUUUUCCUAUGGUGGACAUCCAAUUCAGCAGGUUAAUCGAGUAAGGUGAGAAAACAGUGACUUGAAUUAACCAACAGCCCUCAAUUUAAAGCAAGAACAGUGGCUGUAUGCAUGCUCCUUGUGUGAAGGCUAGCCUAACAAGCGUUAAAGUGGCUGCUAAAUUUAAAAGAUCUUGGUUUUAGUUUUUGGUGUUACCUCGAUAAGAGCAAAACAAAAACUUUCCUGUUUAAGAAUGGGUUUGUUCCAGUGUCUCAUCUCAAAACUAUUAAUAUGAUGGUUAUUUUCAGGAUUUAAACAUGCAUCAAGCUGCAGAGGUGAUGUUGGCUGACCAGAGUAAUUCAUGAUGCAUUAGUGAUGCCUUUUACCUGUCGACAUAGUGUAUUUUUUCCACAUGCAAAAUGGUAGGCAAACUGAUGCCAGCAUUGUUGGUUCAGUGCUUGAUAGCCCUGCAUUUUGACUAAUAUAUUUCUUGUAAUCUUGCAUUCAUAAAAUAUUUGAAGUAAAAA